AUGUUCUCCCCUGCAGCACCGUUUCAUUUUCUGCUCGGUACACUACUAAGAACGCUUGAAGAGAUCGAAGACAUUCUCACCGGCCGGUACUUCUUCGACGAUGGCAUGUCAUACUGGGAAAAGUUGAUGGCCAGUAUCAGCAAAAUGCCGGGAAUGAUAGGGAAUGGAGCCAAAGCCAGAAGCACAACAUCCACAAUCUAUUACUACACUCCAACCUCGCUCAGCAUGUCGUCAACGACGCUCAGCCCAACCAGGGUCCGACCAGUCAUCACUGCCAUUCCUUCCACCGAUCACCAAGCGCCUGUGAACUAUUUGCAUAUGGAAAAAGUACUUGUGCAACCACUACCACCCUCCGGAACCUUCCUCGCAUACAAUCUCUUCCUUGCCACAAGCACUAAACCUCAGCAAGUUCCACCAGUGCACGAGACGUCUCAGAUUUCUGCUAAGCAAGAGAACCUGGAACAUCUACUUGGCCAAAGCCGACGUGAAGUCAAGAAGAUUCGACAUUCUCUAACUCAAAUGAACAGAAGACAGAACUUGCAGGCUCGGGACUGGGCUUCUCUGUAUAACCGACAGGAGAAGGCGCAUGGUGAACAGUUCCAGUGGGUGCAAGGUGCCCUUGUCCGGCAGAUAGAGGAAGUGAACAAACGAUGCACGAAAUUGGCCAAGGAAGUGGAUGAUCACAUCACUCUUUCUGAAGACAACAUCCAAACUAUGCUCGAACUCGAAUACCCCAAACUCAAUCGUUUUGCCACUGUAACCACGAAAAUGCGUGCUGACAACAGGAAGAAAUAUUGGCAAGAAUCAGACAUCAUUUACGGCUAUUCUCCAGUUGCUCAACAGAAGCCAGACGAGAUCAAAAAGCCUGCAGCCAUACCGGCAAUCGUUGUGCACCCUCCUGCAGUCGAACCGACUCCUGUUGUUCAAGAACCGACUCCUGUUGUUGUUGUUGAAGAAAACCGACUCCUAACCAAUGUUGUUGAAGAACCAAUCCCUCCUGUUGUUGUUGAAGAACCAAUCCCUGUUGUUGUUGAAGAACCAAUCCCUGUUGUUGUUGAAGAACCAAUCCCUGUUGUUGUUGAAGAACCAAUCCCUGUUGUUGUUGAAGAACCAAUCCCUGUUGUUGUUGAAGAACCAAUCCCUGUUGUUGUUGAAGAACCAAUCCCUGUUGUUGUUCAAGAAGCGACUCCUCUUGUUGUUGAAGAACCAAUCCCUGUUGUUAUUGAAGAAGCAACUCCUAUUGUUGAAGAAGCGACCCCUAUUAUCGACGAAGCGCCGGUCACUGAACCACCAAUCAUCGAGGAGAACCCCAUCACUGAGCCUCCUGUCGUCGAUGAAGCGCCGGUGUUUGAACAACUUGUCAUCGAAGAGGACCCCAUCACUGAACCUCCUGUUGUCGAUGAAGCGCCGGUGGCUGAGCCAUUUAUCAUCGAAGAGACCGCCGCCACUGAACCUCCUGUUGUUGGCGAUGCCCCUGUCGCCACAGCACCUACCGUGGAAGAGGCCGCCAUACGCGAACCACCUCUUCUUUAUAAUGCGCCUGUUGCUGAGCCAUCCGUGGUCCAAGAGGUCCCUGUCUUGGACGAGAUUCCAGCUGAGGGCGCAAGAGAUGGUUCGAUUGUGCAGAGCUCGGUCGAGGCCGAAGACCCCAUGGACGCCAGGGCACCCUCCCCUGCCCCCUCCCAUCACUCUGCCGAUUCAUUAGACUCUCUUUUUGAGGGUCCUAUACACGAUGAGGAGAUGCAAGAAUCCCCUGGCGAUGUGGCAGCGGAGGGCGUGCAAGCACCCUCUACAGACCUUGCCAUGGAGGCACCCAACCUCCACGGCACACCUGGUUUGAUACCGGUGCCUGCUGAAGACUCGCACAUGCAAGAUGCAGAAGUUCCACUUCUGCCAGUCUUCGCUCCUCCUCCUCCGCCAAUCUUCACACCUCCUCCGCCGCCAGUCUUCACACCUCCUCCUCCUCCUCCGCCAGUCUUCGCACCUCCUCCUCCUCCACCAGUCUUUACACCUCCUCCCCCUUCCCCCUUCUUCACACCUCGUCCUCCUCAACCACCUACACCGACUGUGCAGCCAGCUAAUGGCGGUCUCAUACGUAAGAAAGCCGUGCCCAAAGGGCGCUUUUCACGAGCUCUCCCACCGUCGAGCUUGUUCAAUUUCGCGGUGCCGUCACCUCCAGCAGCCAUCCCAUCCUUGCCGCCAGCACCCGUCUCGCCGUUACCACCGGCAAGUGGUGCAUACAGUGGUACAUCCAUAACACAGACACCUCUAGUACCACCCCCUGUGCAACUUAUACCUGGUUUGGGGAUGCUUCCGCCACCACCGCCGCCACCGCAAGCCACUCCUCCGACAUUACCACCACCAGUAGUGGCUCCAUCGAGUCAGCCUUCGUCUUCAGAAAACGGGCCAGCCGGCAGCAGUAGCCAGCAGUCAAACCAAUAUGUUAGUACCCAUUCCGCCCUAGCUAACCUUGCUAGAAUGGUGAAAGAUGCCAAGGCUGACAAAAAGCAGACGCAAGAAAGCUUGAAUGGAGGUCGACUACCGAUGACCCGGCCUGGGUGUAACCUAGCUGGAUGCUGGGAUGCCUCGAUUCACCUCCACUCGGAAGAAGAGCUAGAUGAAUGUGAAUGUGAUGGCAUGUGGCAGUGUGAGGGUUGUGAAGCUGCAUUUGAUACUACUCACGACUGUGUGGUAAAAGGAGUAAAUGGCUGGUACUGGGAAUGCUUCACCGAAGGCUGUGGUAUUCGGUGGAAACAUACACACCAAGAGGACGAGCAGGAUACCGAGCCAGCCCCCGACCCUUGUGAUCCAAACACGUUUGCAAACCAUGGUGGUGAUGACGAAAACGAUGGAAAUGGCCAAGGAGAUGUCAAGGGGAAAGGGAAGCAGACCGCCGUGGACCCGGCUGCGCAACAAGGCACCCAGAAAGGGAAAUACCAGCUCGACGAGAUAGAUCGGGCAUUGCUAGACGAGAGAUCGGACGAUGAGUCGGAGUUGUCGGAAGCGCAAGACGUAGCCAAUCCAUUCGACGACGCCAAGGACAACUACCACCACUCAGAUGGAGAAGAUGGAGACAACGAGAAUGACUACGACGACGACGACAACGACGAGGAUGACAGUGACGAUGAUGACAGCUCCGUCAGCUCCGGCGAAUACGAAAGACGCGAGCGCUUAGAGGCGGAGCGCAAGCGCCGAGAGCGGUAUGAGUGGGAGCUCCACGUCGGUGGUAAUCUGAAACUGAAACCGGAUCCGGAGGUCGGCGAUGAGGUAGAUGAGGAGUUGUCGGAAGCGCAAGACGUAGCCAAUCCAUUCGACGACGCCAAGGACAACUACCACCACUCAGAUGGAGAAGAUGGAGACAACGAGAAUGACUACGACGACGACGACAACGACGAGGAUGACAGUGACGAUGAUGACAGCUCCGUCAGCUCCGGCGAAUACGAAAGACGCGAGCGCUUAGAGGCGGAGCGCAAGCGCCGAGAGCGGUAUGAGUGGGAGCUCCACGUCGGUGGUAAUCUGAAACUGAAACCGGAUCCGGAGGUCGGCGAUGAGGUAGAUGAGGAAGAAGAAGAAGAAGAAGAAGAAGAAGGUGAAGACAAAGAGAUGCAGCAAGCUGAAGAAGAUGAUGAUGAAGAUGAGGUGUAUGUGACGGCAGAUGAGAUCGAUGACAGUGAGAAGAGCGCGAUCGAGCAACUGUGCGGCCCUGUGGCGGCGCAGUUCAAUGAGGAGGCGAGGGAGGCGAGGGAGGCGAGGGAGGCGAAGGGGUUUUUCUGA